CUUGUGCGCGGCGGCGGUUGGCGGGAGAUUCCAGCAUGGCGGUGCAGCCGAAGCAGAACCUGUCCAUGGACAGCGCGGCCGAGCACGGCUUCCUGAACUUCGUGUUCUCCAUGCCGGAGAAACCGGACACCACGUUCAGGAUAUUCGACCGCAGCGACUACUACACGGUGCACGGGAAGGACGCCACGUUCGCGGCGAGGGAGGUUUUCAAGACCAACGGCGUCAUCAAGUAUCUGGGCUCAGGGAGUCGCAAGCUGGAGAGCGUCGUCCUGAGCAAGCUGAACUUCGAGGCCUUUGCGAAGGACUUGCUGCUGGUUCGGCAGUACAGAGUCGAGGUGUACAGGAACCACGGCAAGAGCAGCAAGGAGCACGACUGGAGGAUCGAGUACAAGGCCUCUCCGGGAAACUUGAGUCAGUUUGAGGAGAUUCUGUUCGGCGGGGGAACCGGAGCCGAGGGCUCUGCGGGAGUUGUAGCCGUGCGCGUCGCCACAGGAGCCGAUGGGCAGCGCGUGGUCGGCGUCGGCUAUGUGGACGCUGCCCAGCGGACGAUGGGAGUGUGCGAGUUUCCAGACAACGAGAUCUUCUCCAACCUGGAGUCCCUGCUGGUCCAGCUCGGCCCCAAAGAGUGCCUCUUGGCCCAGGGUGAAGGCAACGCUGACUGCAAUAAACUACGAGAGGUUGUGGAGCGCGGUGGCGUGUUGGUGUCUGACAGGAAGAAGGCAGAGUUCAGUAGCAAGGACAUGGUCCAGGAUCUCAACCGACUGCUGAGAGCCAAGAGAGGCGAGACCGCAGCCAGCAACACACUGCCUGAGUUGGACAAGCAGGUGGCCAUGUCCUGCUUGGCUGCUGUGGUGCGUUUCCUCGAACUUCUCUCCGACGAGUCCAACUUCAACUCCUUUAGCUUGACGACGCUGGACCUGGGUCAGUACAUGAGGCUGGACAACGCCGCAGUGAAGGCUCUCAACCUCUUCCAGGCUUCGCCCGAUGACACCAGCAGGACGCACUCGCUUGCCGGUCUGUUGAACAGGUGCCGCACGCCGCAGGGUCAGCGGCUCAUCAACCAGUGGAUCAAACAACCACUGAUGGACAGAACCAAGAUAGAGGAGAGGCUGGACAUGGUGGAGAGUUUCGUGUGCGACCCCGAGCUCAGGCACACCUGCCAGGAGGACCUGCUGCGCCGCUUUCCUGACCUCCACCGUCUGGCCAAGAAGUUCCACCGUCACAGUGCGACGCUGCAAGACUGCUACCGCGCCUACCAGGCCGUGAGCCACAUCCCUGCCCUUGUCGCCGCGCUGGAGAGAUACUCGGGCAGCUACCAGGUCCUGCUGGAGGCGAUGUUCCUUUCUCCUCUCAGAGACCUGCUGACUGACUUCGCCAAGUAUCAGGAGAUGAUUGAAACCACUCUGGACAUGAACCAGAUAGACCAUCACGAGUUCCUGGUGAAGGCGUCGUUCGAUCCGGUGUUGAGCGAGCUGAGGGACAAGAUGGACUCGCUGGACAAGAGCAUGCAGGCCGUGCUGAACAGUGCGGCCAGAGAACUAGGUCUGGAUGCCGGUAAGACGGUGAAGCUGGAGUCAAACGCCGUGCUGGGUUUUUACCUGAGAGUCACCUGCAAGGCGGAGAAGUCUCUGAGGACCAACAAGAAGUUCACCACGCUGGACGUUCAGAAGAACGGCGUGCGCUUCACUAACAGUAAACUGAGCUCUCUGAACGAGGAGUACACCAAGAGCAGGGAGGAGUAUGAGGAGGCCCAGAACGCUAUCGUCAAAGAGAUCAUCAACAUCGCCUCAGGCUACGUGGACCCCCUCCAGGCACUGAGUGACGUGAUCGCACAACUGGACGCAGUGGCGAGUUUCGCAGUGGCGUCCGUCUCCGCUCCCGUGCCGUACGUGCGGCCUCGCCUCUUGGCCGACGGCUGCAGGCGCAUGGAGCUGCUGCAGGCCAGACAUCCCUGCAUGGAGACCGACCCGGACACGGCCUUCAUUCCCAAUGACAUCACCUUCGUCCAGGGAGAGAAGAACUUUUAUAUUAUAACGGGACCGAACAUGGGAGGCAAGUCAACGUUCAUCCGGCAGGUGGGCGUGAUCGCUCUGAUGGCUCAGAUCGGCUGCUUUGUGCCGUGUGAGAAGGCCGAGCUCAGUGUGAUUGACAGCGUCCUGGCCCGGGUGGGAGCGGGGGACAGCCAGUUGAAGGGCGUGUCCACCUUUAUGUCCGAGAUGUUGGAAAUCGCUGCCAUUCUGCGCUCGGCCACGGAGAACUCGCUGGUCAUCAUAGACGAGCUGGGCAGGGGCACGUCCACGUACGACGGCUUCGGCCUGGCCUGGGCCAUCAGUGAACACAUCGCCUCCAGGAUCAGCUGCUUCUGCCUGUUCGCCACGCACUUCCACGAGCUGACGGCGCUCGCGGCGCACGAGUCCACAGUGCACAACCUGCACGUCACUGCGCUCACCUCCCAUGACACACUCACCAUGCUGUACAGGGUGAAACCAGGUGUGUGCGACCAGAGUUUUGGUAUCCACGUCGCCGAGCUGGCUUCUUUCCCACCGUCGGUUGUCGCCAUGGCGAAGGAGAAGGCCGAGGAGCUGGAGGAGUUCCAGGAACCUGCGGGGGAGAAUUCAAAACGGGACGAGGAACCCGAGGCCAAGAGGCGACUCAAAGACAAACAAAUGGGGGAGAACCUGAUCCAGGACUUCCUGGAGAAGGCCAAGUCUCUUCCCGUCGCCUCCAUGGGUGAGGAGGAGGUGAAGGCCCAGCUCCGGAGAAUGAAGCAGGAGCUGGUCACCAAAAACAACACGUACAUCUCGGAGAUCCUCGCUCGCUGCGUUCCUGUAAACACUGCCUGAGUUAGUUUUUUUGAUCUAAUAUCAUGUACUGUAGACAGACACUAGCGCUCACAUUGUAUAGUUUUCAAUAAAGAUUUAUGCGUAAAA